AUGGCGCCUCAUUCGAGCGAGAGCAAGCCCAUGUACCAGAAGGAUGAGAAGGCACUUUGCUUCCAUGGCGAGCUGCUCUAUGAGGCCAAAGUCCUGGAGGUUCGCCGACAGGAUCCAAAGGACAAGACCAGUCCUCAUGAGUAUCGAGUUCAUUACAAAGGAUGGAAGAACACUUGGGAUGACUGGGUACCUCAAGACCGCCUGCGCAAGCUCACUGACGACAAUCGAGAACUCGCCGCCAAUUUGAGACGAGAGCUAAUUGCGGCACCUCCCAAAGUUGCCACCAAAUCCAACACCAAAACUCGACGAGGCCAAGGCUCUGAAAUCGGUUCGGGAAGAGGUAGUGAAGAGCGCUCAUCUGUCCCCGCCGCAGGUGGUAGAGGCUCAAAACGUGCUAGAGAUAACGAUAUUGAAAAGGAAGAAACAUAUUUCAAUCGUCCGUCGAUUCGUAUUUCGAUCCCCGACCACCUGAAGAACCUUCUCGUCGACGAUUGGGAGAACGUCACUAAGUCGCUCUUGCUUGUUCCGCUUCCGAGCCAAGCUCCUGCCAACUUCAUCCUUGACGAAUACUUCAACGAAGAGAAGAUGAAUAGACGAUUGGGCUCGGUCGAGGCUGAGAUUCUCGAAGAAUUUGUUGCCGGAUUGAAGACGUACUUUGAGAAGUCGGUCGGUAAGAUCUUGUUGUAUCGCUUUGAGCGCAGCCAGUUGGCGGAGGUUCGCAAGUUGUGGGAAUCGGGCAGAUACAAGGAAUGGGAGGGCAAAGGUCCAGGUGAUUGCUAUGGGGCCGAGCAUCUCACUCGAAUGAUCGUCAAUCUCCCCGAAAUCAUUGCUCAGACCAACAUGGACGCAGAAUCGGUGACCAGACUCAAAUCGGAGCUAAGCAAGUUCAGUACAUGGUUGUCGAGAAAUAGUGGUCGAUUCUUCUGCUCCAAGUACGAGAAGCCAAGUGCCGAAUACAUCGAAAACGCUCGAUAA